GUGUCUCUCCAUAUGUACCAUGUUGACAACCAGGGAGAACAAGACAGUCAGCUGUGCGGCUAUUAAAAGAGCUCAAAUCCCAAAGUGUUGCUCUGGAGGGCCGGCCAGUUGUGGUGCUGGAGCCGUGCUGAGGGUGCAGGAGGCGAAUCAGGAGGCGAAUCAGGAGCCGAAUCAGGAGGCGAAUCAGAGCCGACAACCUGCAGUCGACUGGGAAACAAGAGAGCUUAACUUGGACAAACGGCUGGAGGUCGGCAGCGCAGCUCCAAAUCAAAAGGACAGCCCUCCAGAGAUGGACGCUGCAUGGACCACCACCAUCCUGGUGGUUCCCUGCGUCGUGGUGCUAACCGCUGGGUUUUUUUACCUCUAUGGCGCCAUUAUCAGCCUGCUGUCUAAAACAUCCGUCCGCAAUAAGGUGGUGGUGAUAACGGAUGCUUCAUCUGGGCUGGGAAAAGUGUGUGCAGGUGUUUUUCACAGAGGAGGAGCCAGGCUGAUCCUCUGUGGGAAAAACUGGGAGAAGCUGGAAGAACUUGCAGAUGAACUGGAAAACGCUUCAGAUCCCACAGUAACUUUCCCUCCAAAGCUCGUGCUGCUGGACUUUGGAGACAUGGACAGCAUGGCGGCGGCGGUGGCUGAGGUUCUGGACUGCUACGGCUGCUUGGACAUCCUCAUCUUCAACAGCAGCAUGAAGGUCAAGGCUCCGGCGCAGAGUCUGUCUCUGGAGACGGACAAGCUCCUCAUGGACAACAACUACUUUGGACCCAUCACUCUGGCUAAAGGCGUGCUGCCCUCCAUGGUGUCCAGGAGGAGCGGUCACCUGCUGCUGGUCAACAGCAUCCAGGGGAAAAUCGCAGUGCCUUUCCGCACCGCGUACGCAGCUUCCAAACAUGCAGUCCAGGCGUUCUUCGACUGCCUGAGAGCCGAGGUGGAGGAGUUCGGCGUCUCCGUCAGCACCAUCAACCACACCUUCAUCAGCUGCUCCGCGGCGCCGGCGCCGGCCUCGCGGGCCCUGCUGGGGCCCCUGCUGUUCAGCAGGAAGCCGGGCGGCGUUUCUCCAGACGAGGUCGCCGCCGAGAUCGUCAGGACGCUGAGCAACAAGAGGAAAGAAGUGCUAAUCGCUCCCUCGCUUCCCAAGAUGGCCAUUUAUGCCAGAUCGUUCUUCCCCAACGUUUUCUUCGCUGUGAUGGCUGCAGGCGUGAAAAACUCUGCUGCCUCUGACAACAUGUGAAGAUCAGAGACCUUUUAAUGAAAGUUAUUAACGAUUUAUGAUUGAAAAUCGUUUUACCGUUCUGAGGCGACCUGCUGCAUCCUGACAUCAUUAACCUCGUUUGAUUAUUGGUCUGAUCUAGGGGGGGUUUUCUUGCUCUCAUUUCUAGCUUGUUGUUGCUAUUAUGAUGUAAUAACUGUCCUCUACUGUUUGGUGUCUCUAAUAAGAAUAAUGUAGGAAAUGCUGCUCAGCAUUUUGUGUAAAAUGGUUCAACUGGUUCCCAUCAUUUAUGUCUAUUUUCAGCAUUUUAACCGUGACUGAGUACAAACAUGAUUCAUAUACCCUGCAAGUAUUUAAACUAAACAUACGUUACGACUUUCUCAGAUUGUAAAAGAUAAAUGAAGAUGAUGACAAUUAAAUCUUGUCAAAUAACUAAAUAAAUCUCUAAAUUUAAAUCAAAAGCCUCUUGAUUUAGUUUAAGUAUUAUUUUGUACCUAUACACAUAUUUAUAUUUUUUUAAAACAUAACAAAUGAAAC